CGAAAAGCUUUCUGCACCAGCAUUAAAGGACGUUUCUGGAGGCACGACUGCGAUUGUGCAAAGAAGACUAAGCCAAUCUUCUCGGACUCUAUCGGUGUCCCCUUCGUCAGGUAAGAAUCACAGAACUGACGAGCUGAUGACAAUGGACAUGAGGGCACCGUUUACAGAAGACGGGGAACACCGCACAGGCGUUGAUGACGAAAGCGGCCCGACGACGGAGAGCAGCCUUCUGACGGCAAACGUAGCUCCUACUGAGGCCUCCUCGACCUCUCCAAGAAACUUGUCGGCG